AUGGAGAAACAACCACAUCUCGUAGGGCCACAGGCUCCUGAUGCCUCGGAUCUAUCUGAGCGUGAGCUGUGUCCGACCCACCCGCCGGCCCAAACUGAGACUCCGCACGCAAAUCAAGCUCCGAACUUGGGAGAGGCCACUGUUCCGAAUCCGUAUCCGCCAACGGACGCUCCGUAUAACCUAUCACUUCCGACGGCGCUGCCCUAUGAACCAUACGGACGCGGGGUUCUAUGCAAA